GAAAGCGCGCUAGGAUGCAGCCCUUGAAGCGGUUCACUCAGUGCGGCAGCCUGACUAUGCUCUUCGGAGUCUUCAUCAUACUCUUUGGCGUGAGCUCCACGGCUCUGACUACAUUCGGCAAGACCAAUAAUCAACCACCACCCACGCAAGGCCCCAUAAUCAAGGGUCGCGAAUGUAACACCAACGACGACUGCUCGACAACAGAACGAACCAGCUGCGUGAAGGAUCCCAGCGACUUCAAGAUGCGUUGCCUGUGCGGAGAUGACACGCCGCCCUCGUCUGGAGUCUGCCAAGAUGUGCUCAAAGGUCUGCGACAUCGAUGCCACAGCAAUCAUGAGUGUGAGGAUGGCAUGGUUUGUCAAUUCGAGAACACUAAUCGCACCAUUGGGGUAUCCAAGUUCAUGUCGAGUAAAACCAAGCUGUGUCUCUGCGACAACGACAACGGCUACGUGGAGGACAUUUUGCACGACAUUUGCAGUGGAGCAAACCAACAAUAUGCUGUAAGCCUUUUGAUAUCGAUCUGCACUCUGCUGGCGCCUUUUCUCUUCUCCGCUCACAUGAGCAUGAGGAAGCAUUUCUAGAAGGCUCCUCAGACCGCAAGGCAAAGGAAAUCCGAACCCAGUGCAAUAUUUACGUUAAUAUCCAUCAAAUGUGCCUCAAUGAAUCAAAAACCAUAGUUUGAAAAUGAUCUCUCUAAACUGCAGCAAUCUACUCAAUUGGCUAGAAAAAUAGAUGUUCUCCACAGUAUGGCCUUCAUUAGCCGAAUGUCGUUAUAUUAUAUAAGUUUCAUAAGUACCACCGUCAAUUUUAUUCGCUUCUCACACAAGUCGCGUUAUACAUAUUAAUAUAAAUAUAUACGUAUUUAUAAAUUAAAUUAUAUAUUAUUAUCUAAAAGUGGUUUUUAUAGAAUCCAUAAUCGAACACUAGUCUGUACUUGAUAUAUCAAUUAACAAACGUUGCCUAAAAUGCAAUUUAAUUCAAUUUAAUAUGUAGCAAGCAUUAGCACAUGUCUAUGAAAUAAUAACAUAUAUGCAUACAUAAAUUCAAUUCAAUUCAAUUCAAACAUUCUUUAAUUCUGGCUAAAACAUCUCACAAUUUACUAUACAAACAAUCCCGAUGUGAACAGCGUAUUAAUGUAUGCACAUGGAAAAGUUUUAAUAUGUAGCUCACACCUGAAACCAAAAUGAUUUCCAAUCUCGACUUUUUGCUUUAAUUAUGAAAUAGUUGCAUUCAACAGAAUUUUGUACGUUACAGUUAAGAACCUUACCCAUUGAAAACGUUUUUUCCGUAGCAGUAAAAUUUUAUUAAAUAAAAGUUUUAAAAAUA